AUGGGAACGCAACAGUCGAAAAGGUUGAACACAAAACAAAAGACCUUUGCAAAUAAAAGUGAACUAAAACAAAACAUAAUUACACCAGAGACAAUAAUUAAAGUAGAUGUCAAAUACGACUCAAAAACCAUCGACAGAAUUCAUUCCCAUCAUUACUUGCUGAAGCAUAUAUGGAAAAAUAAUUUUAGUUCACCGAUUCGUUCCUUGUUGGAAUCGGGGAUUAUUGACGCUCUUGAGAUUAAAUGCGGUCCUGGAACUUGGAUUUUGGAUAUGGCCACCGAAUUUCCACGAAGUUCGUUUACGGGAAUUGAUGCCGUACAAAUCUUUCCUUCGGAAAUAAAACCAAAGAAUGCCAAAUUCGUCCUCGCGGAUCAACCAGAACACUUGCCAUUUUCUUCCUCAACAUUCUCUUAUGUACAUAUAAAUCUCAUCGAACAUAUGUACUCGGAACAUUUAUUUUGGCAAAUGAUAUCGUGCUUUGAAAACCAUGUGCCAUUAUCUAAAUCUAUUUCAUUAUUGCCCUCGCAUUGCGAACGAUUAAAAAAUAUGAAUAUUCUCCAAAAUGAUAUACCCGUAGGCAAAUGGGCUGGUCUUAUUGGUGAACUUGUAAUGGACGAUUUGUUGACUACUUUUAAAAGUCACAACGACAAAAUUUGUAACAUAUUAAAUAUCACCCCUGAGCAGUACAACCUAUACCUGGAAGACGUUGUUAAGGAAAUCGAAGAGAAUCACACGAGAUAUUCCACUUUAAAUUAA